CUCAAAAAAAUCAAGAGAAGAAACACAAGGCAAUUUCACACUUUCGUCGGAGAGAGAGGAAAAAAACGCAGCCGCUGCGUCGCCAUGGCGGGAGAGGAGCAGCCCCUGACGGAGUACGAGAAGCAGCGGCUGGCGCGGAUACGGGAGAACGAGGCCCGCCUCCAGGCCCUCGGCAUCCGCCGCCUCGCGGCGUCCCCCCUCCUCAACCAGCCGUCCUCGGCGGCGGCGGCGGCGGGGGCCAAGAGAAAACAGAAGAAACGAUCCGACGAUGCGGAUGAGGAAUACCUCCCGUCGGAAGGGGGCGGCGGCGAGGAGGGGGAGGAGGAGGAGGGCUCGUCGGCCAGUGACCAAGACUCCGACGAGGAGUUCAAGCCUUCCUCUAGGUCUAACCAAAAGGGAAAGGCAAAGAAGAAAAUGAACUUGGGAAGCUCUUCUAAAAGUACUGUUAGAGAAGAAGAAGGUGCUCCCUUCACCGAUUUUAUGGAUGAUGACGCAGCCUUACAACAGGCGAUUGCGCUCUCCCUGGCAGAACCUUCAAAAAGUUCUGUGACGACAACAACAGAACCUUCAAAAAGUUCCGUCACGACAACAACAGUUGCAGAAACUUCGAGCAGAGGAGCCAAAGGACGAAAAAGCACGCCGUGCAAAGAUGACAAUACCACACCUGUUAAGGAUUCCGCUAAAAAUAGGAAGACAAAGAAGCAGGUCAGGAGCAGAAUUCAACUGUCGGAAGAUGAUGUGGUGGCAAUAUUCUUCUCAUUUGAUGAAGCUGGAAAAGGAUACAUUGCACCAUGGGAUCUUGAAAAAAUGGCCAAUAUAAAUGAUUUCAUCUGGACAGAUUUUGAGCUAUCUAAGAUGAUCCAUUGCUUUGACAGUGACAAAGAUGGAAAGGUGGUGCCUGUUUUCGCCAAGCCUGAGCUAGCAGAUUUCCAUCAUUUCCCCUGCUAUUUGCCAAUGUAUUUAAGAAGAUAAGCCUUGAGGAAUUCCGCACCAUCGUGUCUCGAUGCAACAUGUUGCAAGAGCCGGAGUGAUGAUGACAGGGCAAACAGUUGCAUCAGCCAGAGGAGUGAUGAUGACAGGGCAAACAGUUGCAUCAGCCAGAGGAGUGAUGAUGAUAGGGCAAACAGACGGUGCCUCUCCAAAACCUAACUAUUAAGACGGCAUGGGUUUGAAGGUGAAACUGGGCGCAGAUCGCUGGAGCCUGGAGGCAUGAGUCGAUGAAAGUUCCAGGACUGAACAGAACCUCUGUUCACAGGAGCUGCAUAUCAAUCAAGGUCCUUGUAGGAGUAGCUGUUUCAUCUAGGAUUAAUUGUUCAUGUACAUUGUUGAGUAGUACUACGGGACCACUGUUGCUGUUCUAAUAGGAAUCACCAAUUCGCCGUGCUCUUAUUUACUA